AUGCCAAGGGUGGCAGUAUGGUGGUGUUUAAUGUUGUGUGGAUGGAACGGAGGAGCUACUAGUCCUGAAUUGAAAGAGGAAGUUCCAGUGUUACGCUGUCCUCCAAACGUUAAUGCUUCUCAGUGUCUGUAUCGAGGGCACCAAGCUGAUGAGUUUUUGUUUAGUCUGCAAGAAAAAGACGUAACGGUGAAGUAUGGUGCGAAGCAUUUCAAACUAUCAUGUCCUGAAGGCAUACACUUAGAUGAUGGCAUACUGCCAGCAUUUGCACACCCAACCGCUGUGUCCACCCUCACGCUCAACGGGUGCACUCCACCCGCUGCGUUGGCACCCGCCCUAGCCGCACUCAAUCUUUCUCUCACUGCGCUUACUGAUCUAACUCUUCGUGGUCUGCCGGCAUUGCCAGCCGAGACACUGUCGCUUUGCAGUAGCCUAAACCUAACCUCAUUAGAACUGUGCGCGGACCGCGGAAGACCGACCCUCAUUGCUGAUACGCUAAAAGACUGUACAAGCCUCGUCACUCUUCGCCUCAUGGGAGUUGUCAUCGAGGUUGCGGCGCUCAGCCUGCUCCCCGUCUCCUUACAACAGCUGGCCUUGCGCCGUGGCGGCCUCGAAGAGCUGCCACCCACCGCGUUGCUACGCCUCACCAUACUGGAAAGACUAGAGAUCCAGAGUGAUAGACUGCGAACCGCCCCUCUCGCAGCGGCGGCCAAUCUUCGUGCCGUCGUAAUUCACGCGCCACUCAUCAAUCUCAGCGUAGCCGCGAAACUCGAAAAUGUGACGCUGAGCGGUGGCGCUGCCGCGGUGGUCCCCAACGGAACCUGUAACGUGCGGUCAUUGCGACUGGUGGGCGCCCCAGAAAAUACAACAACGGAGUGGCUGCGAAGCUGCGGCCAAUUGAAGUCACUAACGUGGUACUGCGCUGCACGUGGGACCGCCGGCCGGAUUCCGCUACCGCCCGCAGCCUCUCUAGAGGAUCUGAAGGUUCACCGUUGUCGAUUGGACUCAGUGAACGAGGCGUGGCUUCGCGGAGCCCCGGCGCUGAUCAGAUUAGAAUUAAUGGAUCAUGCGGCGACGGCGUUACCGCGGGAAUUAUUAGUAUGGAACGUGGCGCUACGCUCGCUAUCGCUUCGGUCCACUAAAUUGAAUCGCCAGUCGGUGCGGGCAUUGGCGACAGCUGAGCUCCUGCAACUGCGUGAGCUAGAUCUCAGCGACAAUCCUUCGCUGGGUGACCUUUGUGGUGGCGGGUCCAAUGUAGAUGUAAACGCAGUAUCCGCCCUGGUGAGAUUACGCGCGUUACGUGUCUUGAGAUUGCGAGGUACCAACGCUACACGUCUCUGUCCUGACUGGCGCCGAGAUCUGCCUGCUUUGAACCUGGUCGACCUACGCAAAAACAACAUCUCCCGUCUCCAGGAGGAAGAUCUACAGUGGUCGCAAGCAAACGUGACGGUCGAAUUGUGUGACAAUCCACUCGAAACUGUAAGCUAUUCUGGAGAGCAAUACCGCGCCGCGCUCGUCGAAGCGCCGUCGCGCGUCAACCUACACCUUUGCAAUGACGUCAUCUCCAAUCCAUCUCUACGCUGCGAUUGUGACGUUUAUUGGUUCGCGCACGCCCUCCGCGAUCGGCCCGCCCACGCACCUCCAGCUCUCGCCGCCUUACGUUGUUCCGGAGGCACUCUUUUGCGGGACAUGCCGCUCGAAGAUCUCACAUGUCCAGUGCCCGCGCCGCCGUGUCCACGCGCCUGUCGUUGCGCUGCAACGGGCGAGGCUGUUUCCGUCAGCUGUAGCCGCGCCGAGCUUGACGCCGUGCCAUCCUUACCGUCCGAAUUGCCCGUGCGGACUCUGGAUCUAGCGCACAACGCUUUGACGCGACUCGACCCAGCUUUACCCGCCAACCUGACUCUGCUUGACGUCUCACAUAACCGUCUACAGCUAGUGGAUUUGGAAGAGGUGGAGGCAGCGUUAAACGCGUCGCGGCGAUUGCGUAUUGCCGGCAAUCCAUUGAGCUGCGAGUGCGCGGCACGGGAAGCAGUGGCUGCGCUGAUUGCGGCAUCUGCGCGAAUAGAAGACUGGUCGCAAGUGCGAUGCUCAGACGGCGGCUUAAUAGCUGCAUUGCAGGCGGGAGCGUUAUGUGCGCGGCCGGCGUUAACGGCAGCGUUGGUGACAUUACUUGCGGCGACAGCACUCGCGGUGAUGUCUCUAGCCGUAUUCCUAACAAGUCGGCGAGCCAGGAAACGAAUUAAGUGGUUCCUAUGGUGGCGUUGGCGUGGCGCUGAGAUCGAAGCAGAAGAAAUGGAUGCAAAAGAUGCGCGGUAUGAGGCAUUCGUAUCGUUCGCAACAAGUGAGGCUGGUCGCGCGGCAAAACUGGCUGCGCGACUGGAAUCGCAGGGGCGUCGCUUAUGCCUCCACCAUCGUGACUGGGCGCCUGGUGAACUCAUUACAGAGCAGAUAGCGCGCUCUGUUCGCGAUUCCCGCCGAACAAUUGUGCUGCUGUCAGAUGCAUUUCUAGCAUCGGCGUGGGCGCGUGCCGAAUUUCGCGCCGCGUGGGCGUUGACGCAGCGCGAACGCACGCCGCGUCUGCUGCUCGUACUGCUGCCUGAAUUGACGGUGCCGCGUUCGACGUUAGCGGCAGCGCUGCCCGCGGAUCUAUCCGUUGCCGUGGCAACGUGUACCUAUCUGGAGUGGGAUGAACCGAAGUUCUGGGAACGCCUCGAACGUGCGGUUCCAUUACCGCUCGUCUCUGUUGCAUCACCUGAUGAGAACGGCUCCAAUGACGCUCAACGUUAUUAG